AUGUCCGGUGGAAGCGGCGUUCCUCUGUCGGAUCGAAUAAACGUGGAAAGAAACAAGCUGGACGAGAGCAUCAGAGACUACUGUUUACCAUCCACGAGUGAAGCCAGCAUAUUGCCGCAGUCUUUGAUGGUAACAACAAAUGUUGCUGGACUUACCGCAGUGCAUGAAAUGCGGGGCGAUCAUGCUGAAACGAACGGAGGCGAUAUUGAGCCGGAUCUAGCUUACUUUCCAUGCAUUGAAAAGGAUUGCAAAUACAUAGCGCCAAACGCCGCAGCACUUUACAAGCACUGUAAAAGAAUGAAUCACGCACGCUUGGACGGACCAUGUCAUGAAGAAUGCCCUUUAUGCUCUCUGCGCUUACGUGACGUAAAAGCACUAAUCCUUCAUGCAGAGCAGCAACAUCAGUUUCGAGGAGGUGUCGAAACAGUCGAUUUUACGAGCUUCGCUGCUUUCAAAGUUUGGAAAGAGGACAUCGAGAAGGAGACGGUUAUCUUUUAUAGUAUAAGAAGCACGAAGAAGUGGAAUGAGAUAGAGUAUCUGUCUUACAAGUGCCACAGAUUCCAUUUUCAAGCGAGAACCGAUUUUUUGAACAAGAAAAUCCAUGUAGAGUACUGCAGCACGCAUAUCGGUCAUGGCCUCCAACCACAGUUUCUUCCACUGUCGUCCCGUGAUGCCGAAGAAAUAGUGAGACUUUUGCGCUGCAGGUUUUCCGUGCCGCGUACCACACGGGUUCUUCGCGAAGCUCAUCAAGACAAAACCGAGAGGAUGUACUGGUGCACGGCGCAGGAUGUGCGCAGUGUCGCGCAAGCACUUGACGUGCAGCCGGGAAAACGUCACGAGAACGACCUAGAGUCGAUUGCACUGCGUGUGCAAGAAAAACAUAAUAAUGAUGGAAUCCAGUUUUUUCAAACCCCAGAUGAAAAUUCUUCCGACUUCUGCCUAAUAAUCAUAACCCCGACGCAGUUGGACUGGCUGAAGACGCAUGGUAGCGAAGGAAUCAGUGCGGAUGAUACCCACAAAACAUGUCGCUAUAAUCUGAAGCUGCUUACGAUUAUGACGGUGGACGAACUUAGGAGAGGCCUUCCGGUUGCAUUCAUGCUCUCGUCGAAAAUGGAUUCAGCAACAGUAUCGAGGAUUUUUGAAGUCGUAAAAAACCUUUGGCCAACAUUCUGCCCGCGUAGCCUCAUGACUGAUGUUGCGGAACAUUUUGGAAAGCUUAUCUUGAAGGUCAGUUUUCAAAAGGAGGAUGAUGUGAAACAGAAAGAACUUAGAGCGGCCCUACGUGCACUUUUCGUAGAAGCCAAUAAACCUCUGUGGAAGAGGUUGCUUUGUUAUUUCCUCACAUUACUUGAAAAAUUGAAAGGACACGAAAUUAUUGAACUCAGACACGCAUCCGAAGAUUUUGAAAACUACUUCCGCCAGAACUACCUGUCUCGAAAGGAAGAAUGGGCGCCCUAUGCCAGGAGGAACAGUUCAAUGAAUACUACCAUGUUCAACGAACGCUUCCAUCGAUUGCUCAAAUACUCUUAUCUGAACAAGACGACAAAUUCUCGUGUCGACUUCCUCAUUCAAUGCCUGAUUGACCUUGUGGAGGAUUUGAAGCGAUGCUCGAAGUUUGACUGA